CGAGGAACAGGAGCUAUCAGCGCAUAGCUGUCUUCCUCUUCCUUUAAUCGAAAUCAAUAAUGUUCGUAUGUUCGACCCACUUUUUAAAACUCAAUUGGUUUUACCUUCUCUAAUCUGUCGUUUAUUGUUUUUUUCUUCACAAUCCCAUGACCUUGUCAAACCAAACGUCACCAAGAACGAUAUAAACAAUUAUUUUCGGGUCUUUUUCGAAUCAGUUGAGGGUCCUCACAACGUGUUAUUACUGCUUAUGUACUUCCUUUUGCCCAUUCAUUUAUUUUUAUUCUCAGUUGGAUCAGCAAGAAAUUGAAAACCUCACCACUGCUUGAGUUGUUCGUGGCUGUUUCCAUCUGGGUUUGGGUUCUUGAUUGGUUCUCAGGUGAUUUUCAUUGUCGAUCCCAUCUGGGGUUGGGUUCAUUGAUUCUAAGGUGAUUUUCAUCGUCCAUCCCUAGAGGCAUUCUCUGUUGCGUUUUUGUAAUUUUUGCUGUUCUUGUUUCCUGUACCUACAUAUCCUGAUUUCUUUACCAGUCAGCUUCAUCAUUGGAGGUUUCUCUUCCAUUUUCUUUCUCAAUCUCAGUUUUUUUCUUGGUCAUGUGGAAUGUCAGGAAUCCUGAGUUGCUUAUUUGGGUCUUGUCUAUUACAUGUUUGAUGUAUGUUUCAUUGGCAUAUACCCCUGAAGACAAUUAUUUGAUAGAUUGUGGAUCAUCCACUAACAAAUCAGUGGGUGAUCGUGUAUUUGUAGCUGAUAACUCUGAUUCCAAUGUUCUUUCAACCCCACAAACCAUUUUUGUUAAUACUAGUUCAGGUCCUGCUGCAUCCACCAAUGAUUCAGUUCUUUAUGAAACUGCAAGAAUUUUUGAUGGAGCAUCUACUUACACAUUUGUGAUAAAAAAGCAAGGGAGGCUCUGGAUUCGUCUCCAUUUUUUCCCUUUUGUUCAGAACAACUACAAUUUGAGCAUGGCGAAAUUCUCUGUUACUGCUCAAAAUUUCACCCUUUUGAAAGAUUUUCAAGUGGAGAGUGGUUCCUUGGUGAAGGAAUACUCUCUGAACAUAACUUCUGAUAAGCUAGUUCUCACUUUUGAUCCUUCUGUCAAUUCAUUUGCUUUUAUUAAUGCCUUGGAAGUCUUUUCACUUCCUGAUGAGCUCAUUCCCUUGAGUGUUCGAACCAUCGGGCCGCAGAGCAGUCACCAAAAUCUGCAGAAGCAGGCUUUGGAGACAGUUUCAAGAGUGAAUAUGGGUAAUAGAACUGUGUCUCGCCAAGAUGAUGAUCUUUGGAGACUUUGGGUUUCGGAUGAUGUAUAUCUGAUACAUAGUAAUCUAGCAAAGUUUGUGUCCAAUGUCAAAGCUGUAAAUUUCAGCAAUGGAAGACUGACAGAGAUGAUUGCUCCGGCUAGUGUCUAUGGUACUGCCACCAUUCUCAACUCAGAUGGAGAUCCAAGAAUAAAUGCCAAUAUAACAUGGAAUUUUGAUGUUGAUCCUGGUUUUGAGUAUCUGGUUCGGUUUCACUUCUGUGAUAUCGUGAAUAACUCUCAGCAGACGAUGGUCUUCAAUGUUUAUAUCAAUUCCUGGUUUGUUUAUCGGUAUUUUGAUCUUCGUAAUCUCACUUCAAAUGUCGUGGGUUCCCCAUAUGCUUUGGAUGUUGUUGUUAGAGUAAGUGACAACCCGAUACUAAAUGUAAGUGUUGGUCCUUCUACUCCCGGUGAACUUUACCCUUUUGUCAUUCUUAAUGGGUUGGAGAUCAUGAAAAUAAACAAUUCCAGGAGCAGCCUUGAUGUUGCAGAUUCUAUUUCCUCGACGAAUUCCAAGUCGAAAGUUGGUGUUAUUGUGGGUUUGGCUGCUGGGGGGUUUGUUGCCUUUGUUUCAGCUUUAGUUGUCUUCUUGAUGUGUAGGAGAAGAAAAUUAGCACAUGUUGAUCAUUCAAAGGAAGAUGAGGAGUUUGCAUUGAGAGGAGAACGCAAGUUUAAUGCUGAUGGGACGACAAUUGGGUAUCGAUUCCCUUUUACAGCAAUUCAAGAGGCUACUGAUAAUUUUACUGAGAGUUUGGUUAUUGGGGUUGGAGGUUUUGGCAAGGUGUACAAGGGAGUAUUGAGUGAUGACACUAAGGUGGCUGUGAAGAGGGGAGCUCCUCAAUCACAACAAGGUUUUGCGGAAUUCCGGACUGAAAUCGAAAUGUUAUCUCAGUUUCGUCACCGCCAUUUGGUUUCUUUGAUUGGAUACUGUGACGAAGGGGAUGAGAUGAUCAUUAUCUAUGAGUAUAUGGAAAAUGGAACCGUUAAGAACCAUCUCUAUGGGUCAGAUCUUCCAAGCUUAAGCUGGAGACAAAGGCUAAAGAUAUGUGUUGGAGCAGCCAGAGGCCUUCACUAUCUCCACACAAGCUCUGCUAAGGCAAUCAUUCAUCGCGACGUCAAGUCUGCAAACAUAUUAUUAGAUGAGAAUAUGAUGGCUAAGGUUGCUGAUUUUGGGCUCUCAAAGACUGGUCCUGGGAUCGAUGAGACACAUGUUAGUACGGCUGUAAAAGGAAGCUUUGGCUAUCUUGAUCCGGAGUACUUGACAAGGCAAGUAUUGACAGAGAAAUCAGAUGUUUAUUCCUUUGGUGUUGUGAUGCUUGAAGUUCUCUGUGGGAGGCCUGUUAUUGAUCCAUCUCGUCCAAGAGAACAAGUGAACUUGAUCGAUUGGGCAAUGAAAUGGUACAGACAUGGGCAGUUGGAGGAAAUUGUUGAUCCUCGCCUUUCAGAUGAUAUAAAGCCAGAAUCAUUGAAGAAAUUUGGUGAGAUAGUUGAAAAGUGCUUGGCAGAACGCGGUGUUGAUCGUCCUACAAUGGGUGAUGUUUUGUGGAACUUGGAGUCUGCACUCCCACUUCAAGAAAAUGAAGAAAAAUCCAUUCCUUACGGUGAGUCAUGUUCACACACUAACUUUGUCAAUCAAGUGGAGAACAAUGCAUCUACUGAACAAUUCAGCAUGGUAAGCAUGGGUGAUAUUGCUGAUGUUUCAAUGAGUAAAGUUUUCGCUCAAAUGGUGAGAGAGGAUGAGCGGUAGAUUGCUAGUGAAGAAGCUACAUGCUGAAUACAAGCAAAAGAUGAAAUUAAAUCUCAUGUACAUAGAGGUUGUGGUUAAAUUUGUUGCAGACAAGGUUGGCAGUUUUCAUGAUCAAUUUAGUUUAUAUUCUUUGUCAUCAAGUCAAUGCCUUAAGGGCGUGUUGUAAGUUUACAUUGCAUUAUUUCACCUGCUUGUAUGUAGAGUAAGCUUUGAGAAGAAAAGGCAUGUAUGCAAAUUUUGUUCUUUAAGGUUUCUGUUAUCACAUUCAUUAUUUUCUUGAUCAGGGUUUUCCCCUUAA